UCUUCUAGCAACUCUCUUAACGAUUAAAGUGAGACAUACUGUUCAAUUUCACUUGUAUCUUCCAGAAUCACUUGUCAGGGCUCGAAGCAGGCCUUGCAUAUGCUUUUGCUCAACCUCACCUUACUGCAUGUACCGGGGUGCAGAACGUCCCUUCCUUUUACUUUCCGAAACUCAUACUUCAACACUCUCUCACCCCGGGAAUGUUGCCCGUGAUGCUCGCCAAUGCGUAGGUAUCACCCGCAUCCCGACUUCUCUCCAUUUCACCAAUUUUCUACUACUUCUCAUUGUUUCGAUCUUUCUCCUUCAACAUCAUUGCUUCACAUAUCCCGAGAUUUUCCUUAGAUUGCGCAAGUCAUGCAUUACUUCAACCACCGAAAUAAAUGUAUUGCAUGGAUGUGGUUACUUCUCUUCCCACGGCUAUUGGGAGCGAACUCACAUCGGCUUGGCAAUGACGUCUACAAUAUCAACACUGAUCUUCAAUCCUUACUCCAGGACACUACACUCAGCCAGGACAAGGAGCUUACUGAAGCUCUGGCAUGGAUUGACAAACUGCCCACCGAAACUUCAUGUACUCAACUAGCAGCAAUGAAACUGAUGACAGAAUGCAAGUUACUGGAUGACCCUUCGGGUUUCGCGGCGACACACCCAGAAGUGCAUCUUGACGACAUCAAACUUGAGUAUGCCGUCAAACUUGCUGUUUGUGAGAUUGCCGGGGCUCAGCCAGAUCAACCUCAAUCUACACUGCAGAACUGUCAAGUAUUUCUUCCUUCCACUCAAGCAUGCAACAAGCGGUCAUGGUGGAGUCACACGCGACAAUCAACACCAAAUGAGAUGCCAUGCUACCCUCAAUCCAGCGAUAAGGACCUCCACAUGUGCUUCAAAACUCUGAGAUCAUCUCCUCAAUACUGGACUUCAUACAGCAAUGCAAAGUUUCGUGCUGCGAACAUGUGCCAGCUCAGCAGACACGCAAUCGAGCGGGAGAAGACCAUACAACUCCACAAAAACUUGACCAUGGUCACUUUUCGUUUGCGUUCCUCGCUUCAUAAUGUGGAAUCCCAGAUGAGGGCCAUGCAAAACGAGUUAAGGGAGUCUACUGAAGGCUUCAAAGUAUCCAGCGAAGAAAUCAAGCAAUCGACUGAUCACUUUAGUCGCUUCAUGCAAGAAUCUCAGACGGAGGCCGCAAAGCAACGCCAAAUCGCAAAGAAUGAAAUGCGUUCUGUGCAGAUAGAAAUCGGAUUGGUGCGUGACUCAAUCAUCGCAGGUAUAACAGCACACAAUGAAAAGUUCAACUCGGAGAUGGACGCAGCAAUGACGAGAGCUGUUACGGCUAUGCAGAGCGGGCACGUCGAUACACUGACAGCGAUAAGCAACGAGCUUCGGCAGUUUUAUAGCACUCUACAGAAUGAAGGUUCUGCGCUUGCUGUGUCCAUGAACAGUCAGCUACAAGAGCAUCACGAGAAGGCAAUCUUAGCCAUUCAGAUUCAGCACGGGAUGAUGAUCGAGAGCUAUAACAUCAUGACAGCAGGACUCGAAGAUGCCAGUUUAAAGAUCAAUGGGCUUGCGAGCAAAGUCGAUGGUCUUGAUAAAAAGACACAGCGAUCGCUUGUGAAGCUUGACAAUCUAGACCACCGCCUAGACGGCAUUGGAUCGAAGUUCAAAAGCGUGGAGCAAGCUUUUGCUGUCCUGGAUAUCGUGUUCGGGUUCGGCCAGCUAUGCGUAGCGGUCGUUCUGAUACUCGCCAUCCUGUUCAUCCUGCCUAGCGUGAAGAAACACCUCUCCACAAUCUCCCUGUUCGUGCUCGCUUCGGUCAUGUUCGCAAUCUGGCGCUACGGAUCUAAAUUUCAAGCACCAUUUGAGAUCGUUCUCCCAGAUAGAGGAAAUUCCACCGCACUGACCAAGGACGCCUGGACCAAACACAUCUUCACCCCGUCCCCAUACCUGUGGGGUGGCGUAGCAAUAAGCUGUUUCUUUCUCGCGGCUAUACUCCACCAUCUCAAUGCUAUCUGGGAUACUGUCGCCGACUGUUUGCACCGUGUCUCGUUCAAGCUAGCUUGUUGGACCGGUAUACUUCUUCAGCGUCGGGACAAGAAUAGCACUCUGAUCCUACCGUCUACGGAGAUACCUACGUGCUAAGUGUCUAGUGUUCGUUCCUCGUGAUAGUUCGUCACUCUGAAUAGGGUCACUAACUGCACCACGCUUGAUUAGGUUUUCUUACCCCUUCUACUCGGCAGCGAGAUUUAAUCUAUCGACCAAAAUCAAGACGGAUGCUGCAUCGUGUUUUCUGGAACUAACGGGGGUUAUGGACAUUCUUUUUCCCGGGAAUUUUGGUCGGUCUCAGUGUCGGGAAAAGUGGGAUCAACUAUCAAGAACUAUGUCCUUUUGCUUUGUGUUCUGCUCUUCUUCUUCUUCUUCUUUCUGCACGACAAUAUCUCUUCUUACAGGAGCUUAUUUUACCCCCUUUGCGAUCUAACGAAUUUACGCUAUCAAUGCGUCUCCAUGACUUUACUCUGUGGCGGAUCGGGUGGGGCCUUUUCCCCCCAGCAAAUCUUCAGUCUCCCAUAAUAUCUGGUGUUUCCUAGCUAUGGUUUAUGGAUCAUGCAUGCGCACAGAGAUAUUAGAACAGUUCCAAUAUACGAUAUGACUAAACUUUGGCGUUUAUGAUGUGAUAUGUACACUCAUGUUUUCGACUUGGUUUGGUAUCAUUAUGCAUGCUCAUAUUCAUUCGUCUUGUUCGUUGAUUUUUGGAUACAUAGAGACACCCUCUCGAUUGAACCCAAGCACAUGCCGCUUUAAACAACCACAAGCAUUCUAGGGCUGCUGCUGCUGCUGCUCAUCCAUCCAUCCGUCAUCGGAUUGGGGAACAUGCCGACAAACAAAACAAAUCGUGCAUCAAUCUUUUGUUGGUUCGUUUGCCAAUGCCUCCGCAGUCAGUACCAAAGAAUCCCCCGACAUGUAUCCCCCAAGAGACCCCAUCCAUCCAUCCAAUCAUCCAACC